UCUGCUCAAUGCUUUCUACCCCCAUCGAUCUCAUCAAUCCCAGUCUCUAAAAUUUGCAGAGAGCUUUCACCAUGGGAAGGAUCGCCUUUCUGUCGGUGCUACUGCUAUGGUGUGCAACUGGCAGCAUCGCAUUUUCCUUCACCGAUGGAUUAUUACCAAAUGGCAACUUCGAGUUCGGCCCGAGGCCCGCCAACUUGAAGGGUACUGUAGUGGUGGGGCGCUACGCCAUACCGAAGUGGGAGAUUUCAGGGUUUGUGGAGUACAUUAAAUCGGGACAAAAGCAAGGGGAUAUGCUGCUGGUGGUGCCGGAGGGAGCCUUUGCUGUUAGGCUUGGGAACGAGGCGUCAAUCAAGCAAAGCAUGAAAGUGGUUAAGGGUUUAUACUAUUCACUUACGUUCAGUGCAGCCCGCACCUGCGCUCAGGAGGAGCGGUUGAACGUGUCCGUAGCGCCGGACUGGGGCGUGCUGCCGAUGCAAACUCUGUAUAGCAGUAAUGGGUGGGACUCGUAUGCGUGGGCAUUCCAAGCCGAGCGUGACGUCGCGGAGAUUCUCAUUCAUAAUCCAGGAAGGGAAGAGGAUCCGGCAUGUGGCCCUCUUAUUGAUUCCAUUGCCAUUAGAGCUUUAUAUCCUCCAAGACUCACCAACAAAAACAUAUUGAAGAAUCCGGAUUUCGAAGAGGGACCAUAUAUUUUCCCCAACACGUCUUGGGGUGUCCUAAUCCCACCAAACAUCGAGGACGACCAUUCUCCACUGCCAGGUUGGAUGGUGGAGUCUCUCAAAGCAGUCAAGUACAUAGACUCGGACCAUUUCUCAGUGCCACAAGGCAAACGAGCAGUAGAGCUUGUGGCCGGAAAAGAAAGUGCUAUUGCCCAAGUAGUCAGGACGAUACCUGGAAAAACAUACAUCCUCUCUUUUGCGGUGGGAGAUGCCAGCAAUUCCUGUGAAGGGUCUAUGAUCGUUGAGGCAUUUGCAGGCAAGGACACUGUGAAAGUGCCUUAUGAAUCUAAGGGCAAAGGCGGAUAUAAGCGUGCUGUGCUCAAGUUUGUGGCUGUGUCUCCACGAACACGUAUAAUGUUCCUCAGCACGUUUUACACCAUGAGAAGCGAUGACUUUUCUUCACUUUGUGGCCCUAUUGUCGAUGAUUUGAAGCUUCUCAGUGUGCGUAACCCACGGCGCCGGAUGUGAGGCAGCUUGCAUGCAUGCAUAUGGAUGGGUAUAUUUGUAUCUUAAUUUGGUCAAACUACUGAGUAAUUUUGUUUGUAAUCAAGGAAGCAUUAAUGGGUUUUAGUAUGGGUUUAGAGUACAAUUCGAAA